AUCAUCGAUGUGUGUCAGUGCGGGGCGGAAAUCAGGUGGAAGCUGACGGUGACCCAGAAGGAGGAGGGUCGGAACCGAACCUCAAGCAUGGUGUUCGAGUCACUUGUCAGCGACCUUCUUAACAGGUUCAUUGGAGACUAUGUUGAAAAUUUGGACAAGUCCCAGCUGAAGAUCGGCAUCUGGGGAGGAAAUGUGGUGCUGGAGAACCUGAAAGUGAAGGAAAAUGCUCUGAGUGAAUUUGACGUUCCAUUCAAAGUGAAGGCAGGACAGAUCGGGAAGUUGACGCUGAAGAUUCCAUGGAAGAACCUGUACAACGAUGCAGUGGUCGCCACCCUGGAGGGCCUCUACCUCCUGGUGGUACCUGGAGCCACUUUAUCUGGAUUGAAAACAUGCCCGUACGCCAUCCGAUACGACGGCGAGAAGGAGGAGCGGUACCAGCAGGAGCUGAAGCAGAAGGAGCUGCAGCGCAUCGAGGACGCCCUGCAGACGGCGGCACGGCGAGCGUCCCAGACUGGAGACCUUAUCUUCAGUCUGGAGAGUGUAGUUUACAAGGAGCAUCACCAUGCCUCUAAAGGACUUAAAAAACCUAAAAAGCACAAAAAAAUUCUGAGGAAGUCCAAACGGGCCGAGAAGAAAGCAGACAAAGCUGGAGGAGAGAAGAAGGACACGUUUGUGGAGAAGCUGGCCACUCAGGUGAUCAAAAACCUGCAGGUGAAGAUCAGCAGAAUCCACCUGCGCUACGAGGACGACGUAUCGGACCCAGAGCGCCCCCUGUCAAUGGGAGUGACCCUCUCCGAGCUCAGCCUGGAGACAACGGAUGAAAACUGGAAGUCAUGUAUUUUGAAUGAAGCAGCAAAGAUCAUCUAUAAGCUGGGACGUCUGGAAUGUCUGUGUGCCUACUGGAACGUCAGCAGUCCCAUGUUCUACAAGGAGUCGUGGGGAGACAUCGUGGACAAGCUGAAGUGCAGCAUCAGUUGCAGAGAUGUGGAGUUACCUCACUAUAACUACGUCUUCAAGCCGAUCUCAGCGCUGGCUAAAAUCACCAUCAACCCUAAUGCAGAGUUGGAGCUUCAGACUCCACGACUGAAGCUUCAUCUGGAGGUGCAGAACAUUGCCAUCGAGGUCACCCGGCCUCAGUACCUGACCAUGGUGGAGCUGCUGGAGUCGGUGGACUGCAUGGUGAAGAACGCUCCAUACAGGAGGUUCAGACCGGACCGCUCCGUCCUCGGUCACUGCAGACUCUGGUGGACUUAUGCCAUCACCAGUAUCCUGGAAGUUCACAUCCGCCGCUGCACCCGCAUGUGGUCCUGGUCCAACAUCCGACGGCACCGCGACAACCUGAGAGCCUACAAGACUGCCUACAAGACCCGCCUGCUGAGUCAGAACAAGCCGAGCCCGGAGACCGAGCGGCACAUCCAGGAUCUGGAGAAAGUCCUGGACGUCUUCAACAUCACGUUGGCGCGACAACAAGCCCAGAUGGAGGUGAUUCGCUCCGGACAGAAGCUGCUGGCGAAGAAGGCGGCGGCGGCGCAGAAGUCCGGGGGGGGCUUCUUCAGUGGCUUCUUCAGCAGAAGGUCCAAGAAGGAGGAGCCGGUGGACAACCAGGAGACGGAGAGUUCUGGGCUGGAUGAGCUGAUGACACAGGAGGAGAAGGAGAAGCUCUACACUGCCAUCGGCUACAGCGGCAGCUCUCACAACCUGGCGCUACCCAAACAUUAUGUGGCUGCCAUCGUCACCUUCCAGCUGUUCAGGACGUCCGUGACCAUCCGAGAGGAGCCCAAUGUCCCUGAGAUCCUGAAGAUCCAGAUGCUGGACUUGAGCACCCAGAUCUCCCAGAGACCGGGCGCCCAGGCGAUCAGGAUGGAGGCGUCGCUGCAGCACUGGUUUGUCACCGGUCUGCAGCAGCAGGGGGCGGUGCCGUCGCUCAUCGCCUCCGUGGGAGAGUCGGACUCUUCGUUGCUCAGAGUGGAGUUUGAGUUGAACCCUCUGGAGAGUGCGGCCGACCAGCUGCUGAGGGUCCACUCGCAGCCCGUGGAGAUCAUCUAUGACUCGCUGACCGUCAACAGUCUGGUGGAGUUCUUCAAGACUGACAAAGGAGUGGACCUGGAGGUUCUGACCUCGGCCACGCUCUCCAAACUGGAGGAGUUCAAGGAGAAAACAGCCACAGGGUUGUCGCACAUCAUCGAGACCAGGAAGGUUCUGGAUCUGAGGAUCAACCUGAAACCGUCCUACCUGCUGCUGCCCAAGUCUGGGUUCUACAGCAGCACCGCCGACCUCAUCAUCGUGGACUUCGGUAGCUUACAGUUGAACAGUGUGGAGCAGAGCGCGCUCAGUCCGUCCUCGUCAUCCUUCUCAUCUCUGGAGGAGAUCAUGGACCGAGCCUAUGAGAAGUACAGCGUGGAGCUGCGACGGGUCCAAGUUCUCUACAGCAAGUCAGGUGAGGCCUGGAAAGAGGCCCGGCAGCAGAAUUCUUCCGUCCAGCACAUCCUGCAGCCCAUGGACUUCACCCUGCACUUGAAUAAGUGUAUGGUGGACAGAGACGCCCGGAUGCCCCGCUUUAAAGUCUCCGGGGAACUUCCCCUCCUGCACGUCCGUAUCUCGGAUCAGAAGAUCCAGAAUGUUCUGGAGCUGGUUGAGGGCAUCCCGCUCCCUCAAAUGGCGUCAGCACCGUCCACUCCCACACAGAAGGUGCUGCCAUUGGUGGAUUCCAGACCCCGAGGCCUCAGUAUUGACCCCGGCCUGCUCGACACCAUGGACACAGACUCAGAGGAAGAUGCCAGUGAAAAGUCCACGGACAACGAUCAGCACCUCCUGGCUCUGGAGGAACUCACGGAGCUACAAUUCAAGUUUGAAGUCAAAGAGGUGCUGCUGGAGCUGACCCGGCAGGACCACCAGGAGCGGACCGUCCUCUCCUUCAGGGUGUGUCAGCUCGGUGCUGAGGGGAAGAAGCGGACCUUUGACAUGGCGGCGACGUCGUACCUGCGCACAGUCACGCUGGACUACUGCGACCUGCCAGAUGGCCAGGAUCGACCUGUCCAUCUGGUCAGCUCUUCUGAGCAGCAGAACUCUGACCUGCUGAAGGUGGAGUUCACUAAGGCUGAUCCCUGUGGCCCCAGUUUCCUGACUCACUUUGACAACACAGAACAAACAAUGAAGGUGGAGUUUUCCUCGCUGCACUUCCUCCUCCACACUGAAGCACUGCUCUCCACCAUCAACUACCUUAACAACGCCAUCCCACCCCAGCUGACCGCCAGUCGGGACCAAGAUGCCAAAAGACGGGUGGAGAAGGCUGGUCAGAACCGGGCUGUGUCAAAAGGUACCAGAGAUGGUGACAUUUUCAGCUUCAAGUUGUUCGCCGUCUUGGGGUGUUUCCAUGUGGAGGUGUCCGAUAGCCUCUGCAGCAUCGCUGACAUCCGGGUUCAAGGGAUCCAGGGGUCAGUGGCGGUCCAGGCGAAGCAGACCCAAGUUUCUGCCCGACUCCGGGACAUUGUGGUGUCAGACUUGAACCCCAAUUCUGUCCACUCCAAGGCUGUGUCCAUCGUGGGCGAAGAGGUGUUCAGCUUCAACCUCUCCCUGUUUCCGGGGGCCACGGAGGGAGACGGCUACAGCAACAUGUCCAAAGUCGACGGCAAGGUCACCAUGCGUCUGGGCUGCAUCCGGAUCGUCUACCUGCACAAGUUCCUGAUGUCCCUGCUGGCUUUGUUUAGUGUUCAGCAUGCUUCUACUGACGAGACCUUCGUCAACAACUUCCAGACGGCCAAAGAGGCUCUGACUGCUGCCACGGCGCAGGCCGCAGAGAAGGCUGCAUCCAGCGUUCGUGAUUUUGCUCAGAAGAGCUUCCGCCUGUCCAUGGACAUCAAGCUGAAGGCGCCGCUCAUUGUCCUCCCUCAGUCGUCCAUCUCUCAUAAUGCUGUGGUGAUGGACCUGGGUCUGAUCACAGUGCAGAACAGCUUCUCUCUUCUACCUGUCGAAGGUUUCUCUUUGCCGGUGGUCUUGGAGAAGAUGGACGUGAAGCUCACACAGCUGAAGCUCUCCAGAACAUCUCUGAAGAAAGACUUCUCCCAGCCAGACAUUGAGAUACUGAAGCCGAUCAGUUUUGAUCUCCUCGUCACUCGAAAUUUGGCCGCCACCUGGUGCACCCAGAUCCCCGGAGUCCAGGUCCAAGGAGUCCUCCAGUCUCUCAAGAUGGUCCUCGGUGAGGAAGACCUUGGGGUUCUGAUGAAGGUUCUCGUAGAGAACAUUGGGGAGGGCAGUCAAGAACAUGUGAAUGUCAGCCAACCUGCAGUUCCUGAGAGAGCAGCGCUCACAGAAAAGCCGCUGGAGACCUCAGUGCUGCAGAAGCCAGCAGACAAGUCUGCAGUCAACAACGAAGGUGCAAGUGAGAAUGUCGUCAGCGUGCUGCUGAAGUUUGAGAUCACAGAGGUGGCGCUGACACUCAAGAAGCUCAGAAAGGAAGAUGAGGUUCCUUUCCUGGACUUUCACGUGACUCAGCUGGGGAUUGACACCAAAAUUCGCAAAUACGACAUGUGCGCCACCAGUUACAUCCGCCAGAUGGAGCUGAAGAGUCUGGAGUUCAAAGACUCGGGUGGAGAGCCGCUCUGUCUCAUCAGCACUUCGGUGGAAUCCGCCUCAGAGCUGCUGAAGGUUCAGUUCUUCAAGGCUGACCGCUUUGGUCCGAACUUCGCAAGUGUCUACAAGAACACGGAGAAGAUGAUCAACGUGACGUUCUCUUCGCUCGACCUCCUGCUCCACACGCAGGCUCUGUUGUCGGCCAUUAACUUCCUGUCAGCAGCGCUCUCCUCCAGCAGCGGAGUGCCGGCAGUGGAGAAAGAUGUCCGGGUGAAGACUGAGGAGACGUUGACAGCCAAGUCCAAUGCCGUGGUGUCACCGGCUUCAAGUGAUGUCAUCGACCUCAAGGUGAUGACGUCGCUCGGGACUUUCAACAUUUUAGUGUGCGACCAGAGCCGAAACAUGGCAGAGAUCAAGAUCCAAGGUCUUCAUGGUUCGCUGGUGAGUCAGGGCAACCAGACUCACAUGACCGCCCGCCUCAAAGACUUCAUUGUCCUCGACGUGGAUCCACGCAGCAUCCACAAAAAUGCUGUGUCCAUCAUUGGAGAUGAGGUCUUCAGUUUCCAGAUGAGUCUGACUCCAAAUGAGACUGAAGGUUUCGGCUACACGGACACGUCCAGAACUGACGGAGCGGUGACCCUGAAUGUGGGCUGCAUCAAGGUGGUCUACCUGCACCGCUUCUUCAUGUCCCUGCUGAAUUUCACCAACAACUUCCAGACGGCCAAAGAAGCACUGAGCGUGGCGACUGCCCAGGCUGCUGAGAAGGCGGCGUCCAGCGUGCGAGACUUCGCCCGGAAGAGCUUCCGCCUGGCCAUGGACAUUAAGCUAAAGGCGCCGCUCAUCAUUGUCCCUCAGUCGUCCAGCUCCCACAACGUUCUGGUGAUGGACCUGGGUCUGAUCACGGUCCAGAACCGCUUCUCCAAGCUGCCGGUGGACGGUCGCCCGCUGCCCGCCAUCAUCGACAACAUGGAGGUUCAGCUGACACAGCUCAAGCUCUCCAGAUCCAAUCUGGACCCUGUGGCGGGUCGACCGGAUGUCGAGCUGCUUGAACCAGUCAACCUUCAUUUGAGCAUCAGCAGGAACCUGGCUGCGUCCUGGUACCAAAAGAUGGCUGCGGUCCAGAUCAACGGAGACCUGAAACCCAUGAGGGUGGCACUGAGCCAGAACGACUUGAAAAUGCUGCUGAGGAUCCUGACAGAGAACCUGGGAGAGGCGGCAGAACUGGAACCUGCCGUGCCCAAGAUGGAGUCGCACCAGCAGUUGGAGGUCCCAGGAAGCAGUCGAGCAGUGGAGACUGCGCCUGUGCGUGGCGAGGAGGGGGAGGAGGAGGGCGCUCAAGAGUCUGUCAAGUUCAACUUCAACAUCGAGUCUCUUGGAUUGGUUCUGUACACACACGAGCUCCAGCAGGAUCCCAAGGACCAGCUGGAGCACCAGGAGCACCUGCGGCUUGGCGAGUUCACUCUCCACCUCCUGAAGGCUUCGGGGACGAUGCUGAGCGACGGCCGGAUGGAGGUCAACACCAUUCUGACCGACUGCACCUUGGACGACCUGAGGACCGGCAUGGAGAGGGUGACCUCUCGGAUGGUCUGCCGCAGAGACCCGGACAGCACCGAGGCGAUGAUCGACGUGACGCUCAGACAGAACCGGGCGGGCCGGGAGGUGGUGGCCGUCCUGCAGAAGCUCUACUUGUGUGCCAGCAUGGAGUUCCUCAUGGCUGUGGGAGACUUCUUCGUCCAGGCCCUUCCCCAGAGCUCAGGGACUCCCGCCCCUGCCUCGAGUGAAAGGCUCCCCCUGAGACAGACAUCAGAACCACGGAGCGACCUGAAGACCGCUUCUUCCACCGUGAGGACCCGUCUCCGGGCGGUGGUGGUGGACCCCGAGGUGGUGUUCGUGGGCAGCCUGAUGAAGGCCGACGCCCCUGCCCUAAUGGCGUCCUUCCAGUCUGACCUGUCGCUGCAGAUGGAUGAGGAGGGCGGGCAGACGAUGCGAGCCAACCUGAGGGAGCUGAAGGUCCUUGCCUGCCCCUUCAUCCGCAACCCUCAGGACAAGGCUGUGACCACGGUGCUGAGGCCGUGCUCUGUUGCCCUGGAAACCAGGACCGGUCCAAAUCAGCCGCUGAGUGGCUCAGUGAUGGUGGAGGAAGUCAUCAUCAAGAUCUCUCCCUUCAUCCUCAACACCGUGAUGACCAUCAUGGCCGCCAUGCCCGUCAAACCGAAAGAUGAGUUGAGUCGAGAGCUGAAGCAAAGUGCCAGCGACCUCUGGUCCACCAUGAACAUCUACAACUGCAACUAUUGGUUCCUGGGAGUUGACGAGGCCACCGAGGUGACGGAGAGCUUCACUGACCAGGAUGGACGCGGUGACGGUGAAAGCUUUGCCGCGGAGAUAAAGGUGAUCCAGGUGACCAUGGAGUCUGGCCUGGGUCAUCGGACCGUCCCGCUGCUGCUCACCGAGUCCUCCUUCGAAGGGUCUGCCAAGAACUGGUCGUCGAUGCUGCAGCUAAAAGCUAACAUGACACUUGAGGUCAACUACUUCAACGAGGUCCACGCCGUGUGGGAGCCGCUGAUUGAGCGAGUGGACUCCGGCAGACGCCGAUGGAACCUGGAGCUGGAGUUGAAGAACAAUCCAGCCCAGGACAAAAGUCCGGUCCAUGGAGACGACUUCGUCAUCCUCCCGGACCCUCGGACAGCCAUCAACAUCUGCUCCAAAGACACUAUGAACAUCACCGUCUCUCAGGCCAGUCUCAACGUUUUCCACAACCUCGCCAAGGCGUUCUCUGAGGGCACCGCCUCCACCUUCGACUGCUCUCUGAAGGAAAAAGCUCCCUUUACUCUACGCAACGCUCUGGGGAUCCCCAUCAUUGUGCAGCACAGCGCCAACAUGAAGCCAAUGGGAUCCUCCGCUGUGGGGAAGCUGCACGAGCUAGCGGUGGACCAGAGUUUGGACCUGGAGUACUCCACCCUGCAGUCGUCCAGCCGUGGUUCUCUGUCGGCUCUGCAGCGUCAGGAGAGCAGCUUGUUCAACCUCAGCAUCGUUCCCUCUGGCUACAGCGAGAUCUCUAACAUCGCAGUGGACAAGCCGGGUCGCCGCCUCUACAACAUCCGUGGCCCGAUGCUGCAAGAGGCCAUCUCUGUGCUGCUGCAGGUCGACGCUGCCGAGGGCAACAAGGUCAUCACCGUCCGGUCUCCGCUGCAGUUUAAGAAUCAUUUCUCGGUGCCGUUCACCAUCCUGAAGUACUGCCCGACCACCCGGACCCUGCAGAGCGUGGGCCAGGCUGAGCCCGAGAAGGAGUUCCACAUCCCCCUGGACACCUACAGGUGUCAGCUGUUUGUGAGCCCAGCAGGAGGUUUGGCAGGUCAGUACCAUCCGUCCGCCACCUGUGUGUCUUGGAAGGAGGAGGUCCACCGCAGCUCCGAGGUCCGUGCUGAACUGCAGUGUCCGGCGGUGAGUGGCGGCCAGCUGCCACUGAUGGUCAGCACCAUCGCUGCGCCCGACGACCUGCGACACAUCGCCAACCACGGCGAGCACGACUGGGACCCGGCGUACGUCAUCCAUCUGCACCCAGUGGCCACGCUCCGGAACCUGCUGCCGUACUCUGUGAGCUACAUGCUGGAGAAUUCCUGUGACUCGCACGUGCUCCUGGAAGGCAGCACCUCAGAUCUCCUCACUGCCCGAGUGGCCGGGGAGCUGAUGUCGCUGGCGCUGAUGAGCUACCAGGGACGGGACUGGCACGGCCACCUCCGAGUCCAGCAGAACAUGCCCGAGUUCUUCUCUGUGGCGCUGGUCUGCGACAAAGACUCACGCAUGACGGUGGACGUGAGCGUCCACGUGUCCCGAACGUCCAGCCGGUGGCUGCUGUCCCUCUUCAGUCCCUGCUGGAUCAUCAACAAGACAUCCAGAGUUCUGCAGUACCGGGCCGAGGACGUGAGCGUCAAGCACCCGGCCGACUACAGAGACAUCAUCCUCUUCUCCUACAAGAAGAAGAACCUCCUGACCAAGAACAAGAUCCAGUUGUGUGUCUCCACCAGUUCCUGGUCUGACAGUUUCUCUCUGGACACGGUGGGAAGUUACGGCUGUGUCCGCUGUCCUGGGAGCAACAGCAUGGACUUCCUGGUGGGAGUGAGCAUCCACAUGAGCAGCUUCAACCUCACCCGGAUCGUCACCAUGAGUCCGUUCUACACACUCGUCAACAAGUCGUCCUAUGAGCUGGAGGUGGGAGAAGUGUGCAACCAGUCGCCCACCAGGUGGCACUACAUCACCUCCACAGAGUGUCUCCCGCUGUGGCCUGAGAACGGCGGCGGGAAGUUGUGUGUGCGUGUCGUCGGCUCAGACUCCGCAUCCAAGUUCUUCAACUUCAAUCGGCAAGACAACGGAACGCUGCUUUGCCUGGACUUGUGCGGCGGGAUCAUUGUGGAGGUCAACAUCUCAGAUCACUCGACGGUCAUCAGUUUCUCUGACUACUACGAGGGGGCGUCACCCGCUCUGCUGCUCAACCACACGCCCUGGGUCACCGUCAGCUACAGACAGAGCGGGUCCAGCCAGGCCCACGAGCUGAAACCCGGUGAAGCCCGGAGGUUUGUGUGGGACGAUCCCGCCGGUAUACGGAAGCUCAGCUGGACCUGCAAGGAGAAUUCUGGAGAGACCGACCUGCUGAAGGAUGAGGUGGGUCAGUUCUCCUGCGAUAGCCUGUCUCAGGUGCACUGGGUUUCCUUCUUGGACGGACGGCAGCGAGUCUUGUUGUUUACCGAGGAUGUCGCCGUGGUGACCAAAGCUCGGCAGGCUGAGGAGCUGGAGCAGUUCCAACAGGAAGUGAAGGUGUCGCUGCAGAAUCUUGGACUGUCACUGGUCAACAAUGCCGGCCGGCAGGAGAUCGCCUACAUCGGCAUCACCAGCUCAGGCGUAGUAUGGGAGAUGAUGAAGAAGAAGAAUCAGUGGAAGUCGUUCAGUCAGAAGAACAUUCUUCUGCUGGAGGAAGCCUAUCAGAGUCAGCUGAGUGGGCAGUCUCCGGCCGGCUGGGUCAAACUAGAGAGCAACUUGGAGGUGAACCUCAGCGGCACCACCAUGAUGAUGCGUCAGCCCUUCAGCAGUCAGCUGAGGAGAAACUUCCUGUCUGGAGUCCAAGUGGAGUACAAACAGUCUCCACACCAGAGGAGCCUGAGAGCACAAGUGCACUGGCUGCAGGUUGAUAACCAGUUACCUGGAGCCAUCUUCCCCAUCGUCUUCCACCCGGUUCCUCCUCCAAAGUCCAUCGCUCUGGAUUCUGAGCCGAAGCCGUUCAUCGACGUCUCCAUCAUCACCAGGUUCAACGAGCACAGCCGCGUCAUGCAGUUCAAGUACUUCAUGGCUCUGGUUCAGGAAAUGGCAGUGAAGGUUGAUCAGGGCUUCCUGUCUGCCAUCUUGUCUCUGUUCACGCCCGCGGCUGACCCUCAGACUGAGGGACAGAAGUGCGGGCUGAUAGAGCAAGACAUGCAGCUGCUGCAGUCGGAGCUGAUGGAGACGACGAGUGACACGACUGGAAUCAACUUCUUUGAGCACUUUCACAUCUCCCCCAUAAAGCUGCACCUCAGCUUGUCUCUGGGCUCCAGUGAAGGCGACGCAUCUCAGGACGUGGCGUCGCUUCAGUCCUUCAACCUGCUGCUGAAGAGCAUCGGCGCCACGCUGACGGACGUGGACGACCUCAUCUUCAAGCUCGCCUUCUUUGAGGUGAAGUACCAGUUCUACCGGCAGGACAAACUGAUGUGGGCGGUGGUCCGGCACUACAGCGAGCAGUUCCUGAAGCAGAUGUAUGUUCUGGUUCUGGGUCUGGACGUCCUGGGAAACCCGUUCGGAUUGAUCCGAGGCCUGUCGGAGGGAGUGGAAGCCUUCUUCUACGAGCCGAUCCAGGGAGCCGUUCAGGGUCCGGAGGAGUUUGCUGAAGGACUGGUCAUCGGCGUUCGCAGCCUCCUGGGCCACACUGUCGGUGGCGCCGCAGGUGUGGUGUCCAGGAUCACCGGCUCGGUCGGGAAGGGUCUUGCCGCCAUCACCAUGGAUAAAGAGUUUCAGCAGAAGAGACGGGAGGAGAUGAACCGACCGCCCAAAGACUUUGGCGAGAGCUUGGCGAAAGGCGGGAAAGGGCUGCUGAAGGGGGUGGUCAGUGGAGUCACCGGCAUCGUCACCAAACCGGUGGAGGGAGCGAAGAAGGAGGGCACGGCUGGGUUCUUCAAAGGCAUCGGCAAGGGUCUGGUGGGCGUGGUGGCGCGGCCCACCGGCAGCAUCGUGGACAUGGCGAGCAGCACGUUCCAGGGCAUCCAGAGGGCGGCCGAGUCGACGGAGGAAGUGACCAAACUGCGCCCGGUGCGGCUGAUCCGGGAGGACGGCAUCAUCCGACCGUAUGACCUCACAGAGUCGCAAGGGUUCGACCUCUUCCAGCGCUCCCAGAUCGAGCAGCUGGAGGGCGAAGCUUUCCGAGAUUGUUGUCCGUACCCUGGCCACAGGAAGACCAACAUCAUCGUCACAAACAAGAGGGUGUUGUGCGUGAAGGAGAUCGACUUCGUCAACCACUUCAGCAAAGAGUGGGAGUGUCUGUACGACAACUUCACUGGGCCGCCGGCCGUGACGGGAGCCGAGCUGAGGAUCUUCUGCAAGGAGCAGCCAAAGCUGAAGCUGCCGAAGAAGCCGCCUCAAGACACCGUGAGGAAGAUCCAGCUGAGGGAUGCCAGCGCCGCGCAGCGCCUGCAGGCCGCCAUCUCUGACGCUGAGGUGGCGCGGAAGCAGCGGCAGAUGGCGAGACAGAAGUCGCAGCGUUUCCUGAGGCCCGCUCAGAAACCGUGAGGUCACUUCCUGCCUCCCACCAAUCACGGCGCAGCAUCACAUUUAAAGGCCCUCGCUCAGCGUCGACAAACUUUUGCACUAAAUCUUUGUUUUUAUCCAUUGAGAAGUUAUAUUUUAUAAUCCAAAGUUUAUUGCCACGUCUGUAUCGUCGUUCACACCUGAGGAGUACAGCAAUAAAUUCCAAAGACGUUCUUCUUCCUGUUUGACCUUGGCUGGAAUCAACGCUGCAGAUCAGCCUGCACAAGGCUGUUUACACAGACAAAAAAUAAAUACAUGGAGAACAAAAAACAACAUUAGUUGGGCAGACCCCAAAACUUAGUUUAGUUUAAUUUCAUUCACAACAUCAUGUACAAUCCAGGGUUAAAUGACAUGUUGUGACCUCAUCAACAACCUGAUCUGGCUGAGUUUUUAACGUGAGUGUUUACAUGUAAACAACUGUCGUCCAUGACAGAAGAGAGCGUCAUGUGAGUGCUUCCCUCGUCAGGCCAGCAGGGGGCAGUAGAAGUGUCCUGAGUUAUUUCAGUUCAGGGAGUUGGGAGACACAUUCACCUACACAUGAAGAUACACAGUUGCGUACACACUCUCAGAUGGUGGCGCUGAUGGUCUGCAUGCCGUCGCCAUGACGAUGACGAGCCCUGCUCCAAGAUGGUUUCCAGAUGUUGGACUUCUCCUGUCUGAUUGGUCAGUUUUCGGAUCCAAAUGUG